AAAAAAAAAAAAAAAAAGCUAAACCGAGGAAACUGACUAACAGUGAUAGCAAGGAAUAAAUGAAUCUUUUCUAUUCAGCAAUAAUAAGAUAAUUUUUACCAAUGGAACUGAACUUUGAAAAGUUUCAGUAUGUCCUUAGAGCCAAGAGUAUGCUUUAAUAUCAAACAGAAGUAAAAUUCCUAAUGUGCAGAGCUGAACUGUAUAAAUUAAUGGUAACCUUUGAUUAGAUCUGGCAUAAUUCAUACUAGCUCUUAUACCAAUGUAGUUAAUUUCAUGCUACAUCCUUCAUUUUCAUACACAGUUAUACAAAAGAAAGUGCUUUACUAGUAUAAAUAUUAAAACCAUUCUGUAUAAAUUAAGAUCAUUAGCAUAAAACUAACCAUGCAUAUUUGUAUUUUAUUGUCUUAGAACACAUUAUAAUUAUCUGUAAGAAAUAAAGGCACAUCAGAAGGCUAAGCAUAAGUCUGAAGUAUGAAUUAGCAUGUAAGAAUAACAUGUCUUUGAAAUAAAUGCUGCUUAUUGGAUCAUUAGUAACAAGUACCUGGGGGACGAUGCACAUCUGUAAUCCUGCACUUGAGAAGCUGAGGCAGGAGGAUCACUAAGCCAAAUGGUAAGACUCUGUCUCAACCACUGCCAACAAACAAAAAAUACCAAAUAUCCUAAGGUUGGUUACUAUUUGAACUUCAAGGAUGCCAAGUGAAUUAAUAAAAGAUAAAUUUUCAUUUUUAUUAUCCAAUGUGAUAUCAACAAAGGAAAAUGGGGGUAUGUUUGUGUCUGUGCUCAGGUUUGAAAAAUUACAAAGUCUAUUCAAGAAACCAUUUCAGUGUGCUAGAAGAGCACUUUAAUCUGAAUUGGACCACCCUUUUACCUUUCUUAGCCAAAUCACCAAAUGAUCUAUUACAACAAGAAUUUACCAUUCUGCAAAAGAAGUUAGCAGAGACAAAGGCCAUACCAGAAAAGGAGCCACAAUCUGCUUUAAUUACAUCAUCAGUGCCAUAUAUCUCAACUAAUUCUCAAAACACAACAGGAAAUGCUUUGGAUCAACUAACACAAUUCAACAACAUUUCUUCUGGACAACCAAUAUCACCUGCCAAAAUCAACGCUGAACAACCAACACCGGCUAUUUAUGUUUCUUCUGGGAAGCCAGCAGCUCACACUUCUGGACAACCUGACAACAACAUCAUCAGUCUACCAAUUCCAACCAUCAAUACCUCCUUUCUACAAACAGCACCGCCUGUGUUCACCUCUGCUAGACAACUACCACAUUCUCCCCAUACUUCCACUCCCUCUCAACAAUCACCAUUACUUGUUUAUAACUCUUCUAAAACACCAGUGGUACCAACUGUUCAUAAUCUAUCCAUACAGCCAACACCAACUGUUUACUUACCUAAGACUAUCAAUGUACCGAGGAAUACACCAGUGUUCACCUCAAAACCUACCAGUAACAAAAGAAUUCCACAUAAAACUAAUUAUAAUGCAAUAGCUGCUAUAUUAAUUGGUAUAAUUCUGAUUUCUAUGUUGGUAGCUAUACUGAUGAUCAUCCUAUGGAAAUGUUUGAGAAAACCAGUGUUAAGGGACCAAAAUUGGGCAGGUAGAUCUCCAUUUGCUGAUGGAGAAACUCCUGACAUAUGUAUGGAUAACAUUAGAGAAAAUGAAAUAUCCACAAAACACACAUCAAUUGUUUCACUUAUGACCUGGAAACCAAACAAAAGCACACAUAUAGUAGAUGAUUUAGCAGCUAAGUUGUUUGAAUCAAGUGAAAAUAUUGGAGAUGCCAUCAAUUCCAAAACAGACAAAAUAAAAGAGCCAGGAACUGGCACAUCAGAGGACAGUGCUGACCGAUCAACUAUUGGUACUGCAGUUUCUUCUUCAGAUGAUGCAGAUCUGCCUCUUCCACCACCUCAUUUUGUUGAUGUGGAAGGACAAGACAAGAACCAGUCAGACAAACCCCCAAUAACUGCAUCUUCUUGUUCAAAUGAUUCUACUUAUCUUCAACCAUCUCUGGACAGUCUAAAUCAAGCCUCUGAAGAUGAUAAUUCUGAGAACAAACAACCAUUUCCAUCACACUCUGACUUACUUAACUUGCCCUUGCCACCAGAUUUUACCAAGAGUCAAGAAGAUUUCAACAAUGAGAUCCAAUGUCAGGAGUUCUCUAUUCUUCCUGCCUCUGAUCAAGAUCUUACUGAAUCCUUGCCACUGCCACCACCACCUGAAGAACUGUUGUAAAUACUUUUUGGCUUGUCUUCCAUCCAUGAGUCCAUCUUUUAUUGUUCUUUGUGUGAUGAACAAUAUAAAAUGAAAACUGUAGCCAAUUCUGACUUCUACUCAGGAACUACCUGAAAUGUGCUCAAAGCUUGUAUGUGUAUGCAGAAUGUUUUUCUGUAUUACAGAGAAGGGUUUUUUAGCUAUAGUGCUUAUCUUUUUUUGAACUCAGGGCCUGGGUGCUGUUCCUGAGCUUCUUUUGCUAAAGGCUAGUGCUUUACCACUUUAGCCACA